UUAAAUUGUUUGUAGGUGCAACAGGACGGUUCGCCUCCAUCCGCAGGGUUAGGAUAGUGUCCGUAGCGCAUUUCAACCAAUAUUUUGCCCACCAGAAAAACCGAUACGGAACCGACGCAAUUCUUCCAACUCGUUUGGAUUAUCGCAAAGCGCGAGCAUUUUUAAACGAGUUUCGUUGUCGCCCAUAAUUCCACUCGCGCUCACUCUUCAUAUGAAGCGGUGCAACAGGACGGUUCGCCUCCAUCCACAGGGCUUGGAUAGUGUCCGCAGAGCAUUUCAACCAGUAUUUUGCCCACCAGAAAAACCGAUACGGGACCGACGCAAUUCUUCCAACUCGCUUGGAUUAGCGCAAAGCACAAGCAUUUUUAAACGAGUUUCGCAAUGAAUAAAGAAUACCAGGAAGGAGCAUUAAAAUGUUAGAUUUAUAUCUUUUAUUGACAUUGGUGCGGGAGUAACUUAAAUAAUUAAAGCCGAGCACGAUCUGAACUGAAUACAAAUAUACUUUACCUUAAUCAUACAGUGUCUAAAACUACCCCUUGACCCGGUCAACCUUUAGAAAACUGCAUCGCGCUUUAUUGGGAACUUGUGGAAUUGUAUCAGGGAUUGCUGACGUUGGGUCGUAGUGGACUCACUUUCAUUUCCGAAACACGCUUUAAGAAUAGCCGUUAAUAGCAGGGAAACCCAAUGCGAAAUUUUGGGAUUUAAGCGAGCGGAUCAGAUUAAAGUAAGGUGGGUUCGGAACAAAAUAUUUUGUACAAAGCCACUGUCCCUUAUCGUGAUCCUUGCAAGAAGCUCGCCUAUUUUUUCGCCACAUGGUCCGUGCAUCACCCAAGCAGUAACGAUUUGUUACAAAACAUUCCGUUAGUAGGGACAGUGGAAUGAAGUUGACACGGAAACGAGACCCUGUACCUCAAAAAGGGGUGGACGUGUUGGGUUACUUUUUCGUGCACAAUCCAGCACAAACGAUUGGAACAAUACAUUUCGUUUGUGCUUCCAUUAUCGUGCUAACUUCACGCACCUGAGGAAAUCUCCAUUGUUUUGUUUUGAUUGGAUCUAGAAACCCUUGAACGCGUGCGCCAACGCUACACCAUUGUUUAAAACAAUGACCACACUAAUAAAAGAGACAUGUUUUGUAGAUUAAUUCCAAAGUGAGCGUGAUUGUCUGUAAAAUGGUAUAGGUGUGGUAAUGGAGGUUAAAAUCUAGGCUGAUGUAGGGAACACUCUUUUAGUUAGCAUAGGUAUCAAUGUCCAGACUUCAAUUUCAAAAUAGACGAUGGAAAUCGUGCGUGCGCUUAUCAAGUUACUGUGACAUGGUGCUCAAGGCAAACUUAGGUAUAUACAGGAAAUGAAAACCAAUUUCUCAUCAAGGUGACGCACUUUGCAUUCAGCAACAAGGCUAAUUCACAUACGCAAUUGAUACUAUUAAACCACACGUCCAAGCAUGGCCACCCAAAUCCAAAGCUUUUACGCAGACUCGACCAUUUUGAUUACUGGAGCGACCGGACUUGUGGGCAACUACCUCAUCGAAAAAUUGCUCAGAUCGUGUCCCAAGGUAAAGAAGGUCUACCUGCUUAUUCGAGGCAAAGGAACAAAAAAUGGCGCCGAUCGACUGGUCGACCUCCUGACGAAUCCGGUCUACAAUGGACUGAAGAAGAGCGAUCCUCAACUUUUACUCAAACUCGAGGUUUUAAAAGGCGACCUGCAAUUGGAGAAGCUCGGUUUGGACGAGGAUGAUUUGGGAAAGGUUGUGAGUGAGGUGAACUGCAUUUUUCACGUAGCGGCGACGGUGAAGUUUACGGACAAGCUUCGAAAUGCUGUUCUUAUAAAUGUUAAAGGAGUUGAUAGCCUUAUUGGUAUCUGCCGAUUAAUGCAAAAUUUAAAGUCAGUGGUCUACGUGUCAACUGCUUUCUCGCAAGUCGCCAACAUGAAUGAGACACUCUCCCCCAGUUUUGUGGACAGUGAUCAGCUGAUAGAAAUGGUAGAUCACACCGAUGACAGUGGAUUACGCAAAAUUACGCCUCAAAUUUUAGGGGAAUGGCCCAACACCUACAGCUUCUCUAAGAAUGUGGCGGAAGACAUACUUCGAAGAAAGGGCAGAAAUCUACCAAUAGCAAUCGUUCGUCCCUCGUUAGUUUUACCUCCGUGCUCAGAACCGAACGGCGAUUGGUCAAAUUCGCCCGACUGGUUUUUCGCGUAUUGCUCAUCAGUCAGCUUGGGAUUAUGGCAUACCACAAAGUGUAGCUCUAAGGACGUAGUCGACAUGGUCCCCGUGGAUUAUGUCGUAAAUCACUUGCGGCCGGAUGGUUGAUGGGAACAACCUGGAAAGUGGAAAACCCCGAAGUUCGUAUUUUUAAUUGCGUGAGCAGCAAUCAGAAUCCGAUAACGUGGGGUCGCCAUCGACAGCUUCUGCAGAAGUACGACUCAAUAAUACCAGCAAGUGAGAGGUUCUUCAAUCGUUUCCUUAUCUUCUCCAAGAGCGACAUGCUAUUGAGUCUUAUUCAGCUAUUCUUUCUCCCUGUGGUUUAUUUAAUGAAUCGCAACGUUUCAUUUUUUGGAAAACA